UAGAAUAUUGUCCUAAAUUUUCAAGUUGAUCCGAGUAAUAGUUUCGGAGAUACAGCCCUGAAAAGACGGACGCUCGAGGUCAGGUAUAGGCUGAGCGCGCAAUAGGUAUAACGUAUAACGCUGCAGCUGCUCGCCUAUUGUUAGCCGUAAUUCUUGCCCUUUUCUUUCACUGUAUAAGGUAAACUAGUGGGGAAAUAUUUCAUUUGGUGAUUUCUCGUUAAACUACGUAGUUUAUUUUGAGUUUAUAAGUGUUUGCUGUGAAUUUUAUUCGAUAAAAAAUGCCGUUUAAAGUGUCUAGAGCCCAGAUAACGGAAGGUGUUCGUAGAAAAGAUAGACCUAAGAAAAGGAAACAAUCGUUUAAUCCAAAAAAUCCUGAGAUAGAUGAUAAUUCUUUCACGAGUUCGUCGGCAAAGAAAUUAAAAGGCGAGGAUAAACAGCACGUGCCAGAGGAAGCCACACUACAAUAUUCGAUCAUUGACUUUGCUCUGGUUUUUUCUACACUUUCGUCUUUUGUACGGUGUUCAAACAUUAUUAAAAGUGCAGGUGAAGAACAAUUUUGUAAUGGAAAAAUAGAUUUUAAACAAUGCUCCAAAUUCGGUCUGGGAUUUAAACUUGUGGUACAAUGUGAACGAUGUAAACCAAAAUAUAUUUUAUCAUGUCAACAAAUUGGCAGAAUGUAUGAACUAAAUCGGCGGUUUAUUUUUGUUAUGCGAGUAUUGGGUUUGGGUCUUGCUGGAUGCAAGAAGUUUUGCGGUUUGAUGGAUAUAAGCAGCUCCUUUUUGAAUCAAUCAACAUACGACUUUUAUAUUAAUAAAAUACAUGAAUGUAUUACCAUAGUUGCUGAGAAACUGUUCUCCUCUGCUGCUACAGAGGAAAAGCAAAUGACAAGUUUAGCAAACAACAUUGAAGAUACGACAGAUGUGACUGUCUCCGGUGAUGGGACGUGGAAAAAGCGUGGUUUUGCAUCACUUUAUGGUGUCAGUUCUCUAAUCGGAUAUCACACAGGAAAAGUCUUGGAUGUUAUUGUUAAAAGUUCAUACUGUAAAUUAUGUGAGUCUUGGAAAAAAAAAUUAGAUACGGCAGAAUUUGAAGAGUGGAAAGAAGAACACAUCGACACUGAUCAAUGUACCGCCAAUCACACUGGAGCAUCUGGAAACAUGGAAGUAUCUUCAAUUAUUGAAAUGUUUAAACGUUCUAUUGUAAAACAUGGCGUGAGGUACGUAAAUUAUAUAGGAGAUGGAGAUUCUAAAACAUACUCUGGUAUUCUCAAAGCCCAACCUUAUGGUGAAGAUUGUGUUGUCAAUAAGAAAGAAUGUAUUGGCCACGUACAGAAGAGGAUGGGCACCCGGUUGCGUGAUUUAGUGAAGAAAACCGUUGAGGAAAAGAUGGUCAAAGGCAAAAAAACUCAAAAAAAAAUUCUUUCCGGUAAAGGUAAAUUCACUAAUAAAUUGAUAGACAAAUUAACUGUAUAUUAUGGCUUAGCGAUAAGAAGAAACAGUGAUUCAGCUGAUAAAAUGAGGGAUGCAAUAUGGGCUACUUACUACCACUACAGCUCUACAGACAAAAAUCCUCAGCAUCAAAAUUGCCCUGAAGCUCCAGCCACGUGGUGCACCUGGCAGCAAGCAUCAGCAUCAAAUAAUCUCUCAUCGUUCAAACACAAUUAUACUCCAUUACCAGAUGAUGUUUUGACUGCAAUGAAACCAAUUUAUGAAGACCUGAGUAAGGAUGAGCUUUUGGAGCGGUGUGUUGGUGGAUUUACACAAAAUAACAAUGAAAGUUUCAAUCAGUUGAUUUGGAAAAUUACUCCCAAAAUACUUCCAGCUGGGUCAAUAAUCGUUCAAAUUGCUGCAUUAAUCGUUGCUUGUACUUUCAAUGAAGGAAUAUCAGCAUUAUUAUUAAUUAUGCACAGUAUGGACCUAAAACUUGGUCCAAAUUCCCACGAUUAUGCCCGAAAGAUAGAUGAAAACCGGGUGAUCGCAGCCGAAAAGAAAUCUACUAGCGAGACUCGUGAAGCCAGGGUGCGUCAUCGACAGGAGCAAGAGGAUGCCGUGGACAUUGCAGCUGCAGCAGGUUCUCUACUUUAUGGCCCAGGAAUCGACGAUUCAAUAUAAUCCUGAAAGAAGUUCUGCUGACAACGCGGAGGCACCUUUUUUCCAAGGGACUGCCGGAAAUGGCGUCGUAAUGGCCGCCAUCUUGAUAUUUUUUUUGAAAAUUUCACAAAAUGUUUAUUAAAUAUGUAUCUUUUAAAUAAUAAAAAGUUUCAUCUAAAUAUUUCAUUUUUCAUAUGCAAAAAAAAUUAUUGAAAAAAGGCCGUUUUUUG